AUGAUUGCAGAGGAGGCUAUGACACCGAAAGACAGCCAUGAGACAACUGAUCUGCUACAAGUACAGUUCAACUGUCACCCAGACGGGAUCAAGUUUGAAGAUCGGGAGGUGUAUGGCCAGUCUACACAACUGGAUGAUGACGUGAAAGCUGUUACGUUCGAAGGCGAAGUGAUGGAAAAUGAUGUACCGGAUGAAUCAACAUACUACCACUAG